AAAAAAAAAAAAAAACAAUGCUGAAAUGUGGAAAUGCUGUAAACCUCUAGGGAAGAAUAAUAAGCGGAGGGAAGGGUUUAUGCAAAGUAAUAGGCACAUCUAUUUAAAGAAAAGUAUUUUAUUACAGCAAAUAUCAAAUAGUUAAUACAAAAUAUUAUUGUUAGUUUUAUUUAUUCUCUUUUCACCCAACGAACUCUGAUAUAUGAAUACGAAUUUUUGUUUAUACACGCGUAUUUGUAUAUAUUUAAAAGUGUGUGUAUAACAACAACAAGUGGUCGACAUUAACAUUAUUUAUCUAUAUAAAUACGAAUUACAAAUAUAGUAGAAUUUAAGAGAAUUUGUGUAAUAUCGUCUCUUGUAUUAUUGAAAGUGAUAAAUAAAGUAAGUAAAUUUGAAAAAAAUGUCUUGCAAAUCUACUUUGGAAGAAUGCAUUCCAUUGCCCAUACCUGAAGAGGAGUUAAUUGAUUUAACUGUCAAAGCCAAAGACUGGGCUAUUAUGCACGGAGCAGCUAUGCGUUCUAAAACAAACUUCAGUCCGGAUUCAUUAAAUUUUGCUCCAUUUCUAUUAACACCGUCUUCUUUUCCACGUAAGGAAUAUGAGAAAGCUGUGGAAUUACAACCAAUUAUAAAUCGUUUGAUGCACAAUGUGGCCCAUGAUGAAGAAUUUCUGACCACCACUUUAGCAGAAACAAUUAAAGUAGAUGAAUUUACUGGCAAUCUAUUUAAUAUCUAUAAAAAAGUUUUAUCUAAUGGUUUCGGACAGCGCAUCUCCUUGGGCAUAUUGCGAAGUGAUUUGAUGUUGGAAUCAAGAUGUAAAAGUUUAGUUACUUCGAAAGGAAACAAUGAAAAUGAAAAACCCUGUGCCUUCUGUUGCUGGAAACAAGUUGAAAUUAAUACAAUAGCAUCUGGUUUUGGCCAUUUAGGACCAGUCAGCAGAGCCAUACAAAGUUUCGUGUUACGUGAGCUGAACCAUCCUGAGAAGUUACUAAGUAUGCCUGAAAAUCGCGCUUUAUCUGGUAUAUGUGACGGUAUGAUAAGAGCGUGGCAAAUUUAUAAUAAUCCUUGUGCGAUUAUUCUUUUUCUCAUUGAAGAUAUCUCGUAUAAUAUAUGUGACCAGCGAUUCCAUGAAUUUUACAUACGCGAGAUGUGUCCACAUAUUAAAAUUUUGCGUCGAACUCUAACCGAAGUCUAUAAAUAUGGUAAAUUGGGUCUAAAUAAAGAACUUUUGUUGGGUGAUUGUGAAGUGAGCGUUAUAUACUUUCGAGCUGGCUAUGAACCGGGUCAUUAUCAUUCUCAUAAUGAAUGGGAUGCUCGUUAUAUGAUGGAAUGUUCGACAGCGAUUAAAUGCCCAUCAAUUCAUUAUCACUUGGCUGGGACAAAAAAAGUACAACAAGCUUUGGCAGAGCCCGGGAUGUUGGAAAGAUUUAUAAACGAUCCAGAAGAAAUCAAGGCGGUGGGUAAAAUAUUUACGGGCCUAUAUUCAUUAGAGGAUAAUGAAGUUGGAAAUGCUACGUAUGAGAUGGCAUUGAAGGAACCCGAACGUUUCGUUUUAAAGCCACAGCGUGAAGGUGGAGGUAACAAUGUUUACGGUCUCGACAUUCCAGAUGCUUUAAGGAAAAUGACCAGAGUGGAGCGUUCAGCUUGGAUUUUAAUGGAUCUAAUAAAACCUCCCAUUUCCAGAGGAUAUAUGAUACGACCGGGGGGUCACAUGCCUCCCCCGAUUGUCGAUGUAGUCUCCGAGUUGGGCAUUUUCGGGGUGAUCAUCGGUGACGUCGACAACAUUAUAUGCAAUUACCAAUCCGGCCACAUGUUACGUACAAAAUUAUCUACUGCCAAUGAAGGCGGCGUAGCGGCAGGUCUUGGCGCCCUCGACAGCCCUUAUUUAGUUGAUUGAGAGAAGUCUUGAUUUUUAAAUGAAAGUUAUCUUUUGUUGGAAAUCUCUUUUAAAUCAAUUUUUGUAUCAUCUUCUAUUCUAUUUCGACGUCUCGAACAAUUAAGAGCGCCUUCGUCAAGCAAAAUAAAUUAUUAAGAAACCAUUCGUUUUCGUUGGUUUAGUUUGUAAAAUAGGUACAGAUAUAUUUUGUUAGAAAGAGCGAGAACGAAAUCACUAAAUACAACGGUUCAAAUUGAAAUAAAAGUGAAAGAUACUGAGAAAAUUUUGACAACACGAA